AAAGCAGCACUUCGAGCUUUGAAUGUUCGUUUUUAGUAGCUGUCCGCAUGGAUUUAGCGAUGUUAAACGCCCGUGGUUAACUUACGAACAGUGGCUGGCAGGCGCUGGAAAUGGAAAGAGACUUCGACCUCUGUUUUUAGUUGAGUACCGUCAGUUGUUCGUUUAUUAAGAGCCAUGAAACAAAGUGUUUUAGGGGUCAUGGGGGCUGUGGGGCGCCUAAUCCUGUCUCUUCUCCUGCUGUCGUUGGAAGGCAAGCUGGUUCAGGUUGGUGGGGUCAGAUCAGUCACCCUUCCAGAGUCCCUCCUGUUUGUCUCCACUCUGGACGGUAGUCUGCAUGCUGUCUCCAAACAGACAGGAGACAUCAAAUGGACUUUAAGAGAAGACCCCAUUAUUCAAGUUCCUGUCUACCUCACAGAACCAGGUUUCCUCCCAGACCCCAAUGAUGGCAGUUUAUAUGUACUCGGUGGAAAGCACAAGGAAGGUUUGAUGAAACUGCCUUUUACCAUCCCUGAGCUGGUACAGGCAGCUCCCUGCAGGAGCUCUGAUGGGAUACUCUAUACAGGUAAAAAGCAGGAUGUGUGGUUUGUGGUGGAUCCUGAAACCGGUGAAAAGCAAACCAGUUUGACAACCUCCACCUCCGACUCCAUCUGUCCCAACAGUCCCCUGCUCUACAUUGGACGCACAGAAUAUGUUGUUACCAUGUUUGAUACGAAGACACAAGAGCUGCGAUGGAACGCCACGUACAACGAUUACUCUGCUCCGCCUUACGACGAGAAGCAAGACUACAAAAUGGCCCAUCUUGUUUCCAGUGGUGAUGGUCUUGUUGUGACAGUUGACAGAGAGUCAGGUGAUGUCCUUUGGAGUCAGAACUAUGGGUCGCCAGUGAUCGGCGUCUACCUGUACUCUGGAGACUCGCUGAGACACGCCCCCCACCUGUCCCUUGCAAUGGAAACACUGCGUUUUCUCACAUUCUCGUCUGCUGGCAACCAGGCAGAUGCACACUCCACUUUGAAGUGGAGCUAUCAGUUUGUGAAGGAGCAAGCCACUGCACAGACUCAGCUUGUGCCCACUCUCUAUGUGGGAAAGCUGGACUCCCACCUCUAUGCUUCGACUUCUCUUGUCCACCACGGAGUCUCAUUAGUGCCUCGGGGACUGACCCUGGCACGGAUCGACGGUCCACUGACGGCUGAGGUGACGGUCAGAGAGAGAGGGGAGUGUGAGAUCACACCAUCCACCGAUGUGCGCUAUCCUCCGGGGAGCAUAAACAGCCAGAAAAACCACUGGCUGCUUAUAGGUGAACGUGUUCAAACACACAGACAGCUUUCUUUAUUAAAAAUAAAUAAGUUCUUCAGAUUGAAAGCUCAAAGACAGCUGGAGGAAGCCUUUGAGUCUCGUCUCCAGCGCAUGCAGACCAACAUGCAGACAAAUACGCAGACACAAACCUUGGUUUCUUCAGACCCACCUCCUUCUACUGAUGCAAACAUCUCAAGCGACCCGUUGCCUGCAUCUACAGAAGCUCCACCUAGUCCUCACAGUCACAGCAGCAGCAGCAACACAUCGCAUGGAGAUAAAAAUGGCAAGAAUGGACACAAACCCACAGCAGAAGGAAACAGCGAGGAGGUGCACGUGGGUAAAAUCUGCUUCAGUCCCUCUGAGGUGCUCGGACACGGCUCUGCAGGAACGUUUGUCUUCAGGGGUAAAUUCGACGACCGCCUCGUUGCCGUGAAGCGAAUUCUGCCAGAGUGUUUCGAGGUGGCAGAGCGAGAGGUGCAGCUCCUCCGAGAGUCCGACACGCACCCCAACGUCAUCCGAUACUUCUGCACAGAGCGAGACCACCUCUUCACCUACAUCGCCAUCGAGUUGUGCACCGCAACUCUGCAACAGGUUGACUUGAGGCGGUUCAGGACCUAUAAAGGAAACUCAGUGAGAGACCUGCUGAGAGCCAUGAGGAAUAAGAAGCAUCACUACCACGAGCUCCCACCAGAGGUGCAGGAGACUCUUGGUGAGCUGCCCGAAGGCUUCGUCGGGUACUUCACAUCACGGUUUCCACGGUUACUGAUGCACACACACGCUGCGCUGCAAAUCUGUGCCCAUGAAAGACUGUUUCACCCUUACUACCUACCCCCCAAUGCCAAAUAGCUUUCACAAGGCUAUGCACUCCACAUUUCAUGUGCAGGGCCAAGUAAAAGAAAUCCCUGACUGUACCCUGUUAUUGCUUUUGUAAAGCCUGUGCUGUUCUUCAGGGGAAGUUACAGCUGCUCUGAAAAUAUUUUUAUAGAACUUGGGGUUGUUUUAUAGAUUAAUUUUAUUGUAUUUUUUAUUUCUUCCCUACUUAAAGAAUGUAUAUAUUUGUAUUAAUAAUAUGAUAUGUUUUUAAACUAGAUCUCAGUCAAAUUACAUUUUUUUUUCUUUUUCUUUUUGGGCUUCACUAAACCUAAAAAACAACAGUGGUUAUUAACUCUGUGAGCCAGCCUCGGUUUUUUCCAAUGAGAGCUAUGAGCAUGUUAAUGAUACCAGAUAUCCAGACACGGACAGGUCUGAUCCGGCACAUUUCUGACCAAAGGAACAAACUAUAACUGUAAACAAAUGGAUAAGAUAUGUUAACACAGGCUAAAUACAGCAGCCAAGGCCAGGAAGGUAAUCUUAAGUAAUAAGCCUGUUAAUAAGGCUUGUUAUUUACUGGCCCAUCAUGAAAGUAAAUUUGAUCACAGUGACAGUGUUGCUUACAUGGUGUGUAAGUGUAUUUUUGCUUUGUUACAGCAAAAAAAAAACCCCAACAGAAUUUAAAGUAAAUUAUUUGCAAAUCUCUAUAGCUAUCUGAGAGCAAAACCUUUGGCUUCUCCUGAUUGGAAGGAAAAGCCAAAGGUUGUAGGUGAUUGUUUAAAAACUGUAGACACUCUUGUUACCUGUGCAUCAAUGAUCUUUCAGCAUGAUAAAGUGUAUAUAUAUAUAUUUUUAAGAGAAUUGACUGGUCAGAAGGUGCUGUGUUUAUUUGUGUAGAAAAUAACCUGCCCUUGAGCAAGUACAUUGUGUAGCACAAGUUAAAAUGGAAGGUGAAAACACAGCCGCUUUUAUUGAACUGAAACGAAAUGAAGUAAAAUUAUGAUAAGUUAUAUUAACUACUGAAAAUAGCCUCUCUGACAGUGGGGAUAGUUUUACAGGUUGACAGAAUCAUGUAGACUGAUGCAUAAUAACUCGAAAUGAUUAAAGAGUGUGCUGAAGAACUGCAGCAGAUCUCGUCUUCAUGUUGUCAGUGUAGAGGUUUAUAACUGGGUGUACAAACGUUGUUGAAGCUGUAGCUAAAGCACACACCGCAGAUACUGAGGUA